AUGGAGAAGGUCGAACCAAGCCAUGACGGCCUCGCGCCUGCUGUGGACGUUGCAGCUCUCGAGAAAGAGAGCCACGGCAAAGAAUAUCCUACUUGCGAAGUUGCGAGUAGCCAUGGUGAGAAGGGCGACGAUGCCGACGAGGGACACCAGGGGCCGGAAGAUAUCUACAAGCCCUUGCCACCACUGGAGGGUGUCCCUGAUGAGCCCAUGCCGCUCACAUUUCGCGCUGUGAUCAUUGGCACUAUUCUUGGUUCGUUGGUCAACGCUUCGAAUGUGUAUCUCGGUCUCAAGACCGGGUUUACCAUGGGUUCUAGUAUGUUCGGGGCCAUUUUCGGAUAUGGUUUCGUCAAACUGCUUUCUAAAUCAUUUGCUGGCGUGCCGUUCCUGGGUAUGCCUUUUGGACCACAGGAGCACACUAUACUCCAAGCCGCCGCCGCCGGCGCUGGUGGACUGUCUGGUCUCUUUGUUGCUGCGCUUCCAGCCAUGUACCAGCUGAACUUGCUCUCCGCAAGAGCCAUCGAUGAUUACGGCAGAUACCUGACAUUGACACUCAUCGGGUCCUUCUUUGGAUUGUUCUUUGCCGUGCCACUGCGGAAGUUCUUUAUCAUAAAUGUUGCUCGGGAUCUCCGUUUGAUCUUCCCUACAGCUACAGCUACAGCCUUCACUAUCCGGUCUAUGCAUUCGAUCGGUGCCGGUGCACAGGAGGCGGUUAAGAAGAUCAAAGCGCUUGGCUACUCAUUCCUCUUCGCCUUUGUCCUCCGCAUUGUCUCAGAUUAUGCCCUAGGUAUUCUCUGGGACUGGCAUAUCUUUACCUGGUUCUACAUCUGGGGCGGAUAUAGCAACUACGCCAUCCAAAUCGAAAACUGGGGCUGGUUCAUCGAAUGGACCCCGGCUUUCAUUGGUUCCGGGCUUCUCGUCGGCCUUAACGUCGGUAUCUCCUACUUUGUCGGCAGUUUUCUUGCCUGGGGUCUCAUUGGACCGCUCCUUGUUUACACUGGCGAGUGCGUUGGCAAGAAUGCGAAAAUGGACCCGCCAUGGCAGGACGUUGUGACUUACAACUCGAUGACCGGCAUGAGACAGCCUGGCUACGUGGCUAGCCCACGCUACUGGUUUCUCUGGCCAGGUGUUAUGGUAUUGCUCUGCUACUCCAUGGCUGAAUUCUUCUUCAACUAUGAGAUCAUCUGGUAUGCUCUCAAGCAAGGAUGGAUCAGCCUGGCGAAGUCUGCCAAUGGUUCUCUCAACAAGCGGGGUAAGAAGAGCGCUUUUCUGGAGAAGCAGGCUGCCAAAGGCAACGAUUCUUCUGCUAUUGUGGAAGACUUUGCCACCAAGGAACAGCAAGUCGCCCCCUGGAUUUGGAUCUCUGGCUGCAUUGCUGUCCUAGCCAUAACCAUGGUUGUUUUUGAGGUCCAAUUAGGUGUCAGUGCCGGUCUUGGCCUUCUGGCUUCCCUCCUUGGCAUAGUCUUCUCAUUCAUGUCAAUUCAUGGAUCCGGUGUCACCGAUGUUACGCCUCUUACUGCUUCUGCGAAGGCGUCACAACUUGUGUUUGGUGGCGUCACCCAUGGGCAACCUGAGUCCAAGGCCUUGACUACCAAUCUUCUUGCUGGAGCCAUCGCGUCAGCAGGUGCGGACAUGUCGACCUCGCUGACAUCUGACUUCCGCACCGGAUUCCUCCUUAAGGUCGCUCCCAAUCUCCAGUUCUACGCUCAGGCUUUCGGCACACUGGUCGCCAUGUUCCUUGCCCCGAGUAUCUUCCUCCUGUUUGCUUCGGCCUAUCCUUGCAUCCUCGACGCUGAAGCAACAGAAUGCCCAUUCGACGUUCCCUCUGUAACCGCAUGGAGAGCAGUUGCUGAGGCCGUCACACUGCCACAAAUCCCGAUUCCCCUAUCGUCUGGAAUUUUUGCGGUUGUGAUUGGUGCCUGGUCGAUUGCGCAAGUCUUCGUAAAGCGCAAGUAUCUGGUUGGAGAGCGUGAGAAGUACCGCAAUUGGCUGCCCAACUGGAUGGCAAUCGGUGUCGCUUUCGUAUUGCCAGCCACUCAUUACUCCACAGCCAUGUUCACGGGUGCAUGGAUCGCUGCUCUGUGGCAGAAGAAGUGGCCCAAGAACUUCGAGGUUUACUGUUACGCCAUAGCUGCUGGUCUGAUUGCUGGAGAAGGACUUGGUGGUGUUAUCAACGCUGCUUUGACCCUUGGUGGCGUCGGUGGUGCGGUCCAUGGCUCUUCUAUAGGCUGCCCGGGAUCUUGCUAG